GCACGCUCAGGGAGAAACAGGGGCAUCACUGGCUGGAGAAGGAGCAUCAUAAAUUGAAAAUACUGUUAUUUGCAAAGAGGGGGCAGAUUAUUUGUUUUGUGAUAUUGCACGAGGAAAAGAAAAGAAGAAAACAACUGGAUCUGACAGAGACUUUGCCAUGCGACCGAGAUCCAGACUGCUGUCCAAGAGAAGGCUGGUGCUGCCCACCAUCAGAGAGGGCUCAGAGGAGGCGGUGAAGGAUUUGAACGAGGCCAACUCGCUCAUCAUCUCCAGCCAGUGCCAGGCUGUCACCUCAGAGGACUACCUCCUCUCCAUCUGCCACCUGGCACACCCCACCUUCCCCAGCAGGGAUGUGUCCCCCUACAGUGCCUCCCCACAGCAGCUGGACACCGUGCACCAGAGGCUGCAGCCGUCCCGGAUCAGUGUAACAACAUCAAGCACCUUUCAAUCAGACCCAGAAGAGGAGGCACAUGACAUCCAGCAAAAAGAACAGAACCAGGAGCUGAGGUUUGUAAAAUCUGACCCUCUGGAGUAUCUUUACGGGCACCAGAGCAACCUCUCAGGAGGUGGGAGGAGGGCUUUUAUGGAGGCAAGGUUUGCAAGGAAUCAUGGUAGUGUUUGGGAGGGCCAUCCUCGUGCCAGAGCUCACAGCAUCCCCCGUUCUUCAAGUCCAGACGUAUCUCGCCAACGCAAGAGCAGCUGCCCAGAGCUGCACAGCGGCACUAACACUCUUAUCCCAAACAUCUCCCCAAAACACAGGAGCUCAUCCAAGAGAGGGAGUCCGGCAGACAGAGGGGAGGCAGAGGGGGAGAGGCAGACCCCCAACAUCAAACAGUCUCUGCUCUCACAGUGGAUCUCUGACUGCAGGGCAGCAUGGAGGGAGGCACGAGCUCGGGCCUGCAUGCUGCCUGCCAUUGCUGAGAUUUAGGCCCAAAAGGACAGAAAGCAUAAACAUUCCUCAUUAAAGUAUCCUGAACAUUUUCAGUCAGUGCAUGACACAAUGAUGUUAGGAGAUAUGUAGAUGUGUAUUAUGCAGAUUUAUAUAGAAGGGAUAUGCUUAGAUACAUAUUAAAACACACAGACACCUAAAUAUUUCCAUCUGUGUUGUUCCAUUAAUGUUUACUCCUCUGACCUAUCUAUGCUUGUAUGGAGAUAAUCCUACAAAAACAAACAAAUCUGCAAAUGUUUUUUAACCUUUAAGUGUUUUGUGACCUAAGUCUGAAUAAAUAAAUAAAUCUUUUGA